CAAUGAGCUGCUAGCAUACAGUUCACGUCAGAAGGGAAGGGGCUAGUUACAAAACAUUUUCUCAUGUGGCGCGAAUUACCCCCAUCUAAUAAUUGUUACCGGUUUUCAGCUGUUUGUAUCUCAUUUUAAGUAUUGUUUUCUCAUAAAAAAGAAGCUCGUACAUUUCGUUAAAAGUGCAUUAAUAUGGAGACCAGACGAAGAAAGUCACAAGCUGCCGUGGAGGUGCGGCUGUUGAGGUUGAAAACCUUGCAGGAACAGACCCCUGUGGAUCUGGAGGCAACAGUCCGACGAUCAUCUCGAAAGGCUUUGGCACCUAAGCGCCUUCAGUACUCUCCCGAAGACGGCACAGCUGAAACAGCCAAAAGGAAAAGGAGAACAAAAAAGCACGAUGAUGAAAACAGCAACAAUAAAAGGCAGGACCCUAAUGUUGAAAGUGGUGAUGUGGGUGAGGAGCACACAUCAGGCGGACAUGGACGACUUUCAGCAUAUGAGCUGGAGCGCCUGGAGAACAUCAGGCAGAACCAGGCAUUCUUGUCUUCUAUCAACUUAUUUCAGGCAACUGAAGAGUUGAAGCAGUUGACUCGGCCAAAGCCAUCACAGAGGGGACUCGUGAGGUCACAGGCUGCUGCAAAAGAUGUGCUGCCAGUUCGCAAAUCCCUUCGUCUCCAAAAUAAAGAGGCAGAGGUGUUGACACUUCCCCCUGAUUUCAGGAGGAUUCUGACCUAUGAACAGUCUACACUAGCCAAGAAGCCUCCUGGCCCUCUGCCCAUGGAUCCACUCAACAUGGAGGAUGGAAGCAAGCUGCCUUCUCAACUUCUUCAGCUCUGCUCUGAGGAUGUGACAGAAGAAGGAACAGUGGUGCCUGAUCUGAAACGGUACUGCUCAGUCCUUAAGAACAUGAGGAUAACCGAGGAGAGAGUAGCCAAAGUGGUGAAGGAUCGCAUCUUCUCUGCUGCUUUCCACCCCUGCACCAGCAGCCUGUUGAUGGCUGCAGGAGACAAGUGGGGUAAAGUUGGAAUCUGGAAGCUGGGUGGUAACUGGGGGGAUGACGGCGUGCUGCUCUUUGAGCCUCAUACUCGUCCAGUGGGCUGCCUGGCAUUCUCCAGGGCUCAUGCCACCCAGCUGCUGAGCCUCAGCUACGACGGGUCUCUGCGCUGCAUGGAUGUGGAGAAGGCCGUCUUUGAUGAUGUGUAUGACGUUGAAGAUGGCCUGAAAACGUUUGACUUCCUGUCACAUGACUGUUUGACACUAGUGGUUGGGAACUGGUAUGGAGAAGUUGCCAUUGUCGACAGGCGCACGCCAGGAAACUUCCACGAGUCCCUCCACUUGCUGGACCCCAAGGCUGUGCGUUGUGUUAGUGUCCACCCUUUACAGAAGCAGUACUUUGCUGUGGCAGAAAGCAAGAUGGUGAGUAUUUACGACAGCAGAUGCCUGAGGAAGAAAAGCAGCCAGGCAGUGUCCCAGCUGCAUGGCCACUCUUUAAGCAUAUCCAGCGCUUAUUUCUCCCCUUGCACGGGAAACAGAGUUCUCACCUCCUGUAUGGAUAACCACAUCAGGGUAUAUGACACCUCUGCAUUGACGACUAAAGCUCCCUUGCUGACAUCCAUCAGACAUGACAUGCAAACAGGCCGCUGGCUGAGCAAACUCUCAGCGGUGUGGGACCCCAAGCAGGAAGAUUGCUUUGCGGUGGGGAGCAGGUCAAAUCCUCGGACGGUCAUGGUGUUCCACGAAAGUGGCCAUCCCCAGCACUGCUUCAGAGAUGGCGAGAACCUUAACACAGUGCUGUCCAUCACAGCUUUCCACCCCACAAGGAAUGCUCUACUGGGGGGCAAUGCAUCAGGGCGCCUGCAUGUCUUCUCUGACUAAAAGACCAAAGCAUAGAGGCUUGUUUCAGUAGACUUGGUUGUCAAAGGGAAAACAACUCUCUACAAACUGAUCCACUUGGUCACAUUAUCAGGUAUACCUUUCUCAUCCUGGGUAGGACCUAGGGAUGGAUCUAGCAUACUGUGGUAUAUAAAACAUGCUCAUUUAGUGUUUAAGGGCCCACUAUGUUCCAAGAAAAUGGCUUCAGUACAAUUACACUGUCACUACCAGCCUCAAGUGUUGACUCAAAGCAGGGCGGAUUCUUGUUGUUUAUGUUAAAUUGUUACUCUGCCAUCUGCAAGUGGCAGCAAAAGUUGAGAUGUGUCAGGCUGGGCACCACAUUUAUUUCUAUAACUGUUAAGGUUUAGUCUGUUAUAUGUUUCAGAGUGUAUGAACAUGGUCUCCUGUUCAUUGUUGACAAACCUACUCCAGCUCUGUCAAGUUGCAUGAGCACUGAGUGUUCUGGAUUAAAUGGAGGUCUAUAGCAUAGAAUGGCCAGUCCUGUGUAGAUUUGGCUUCAUGUUUUAAAGGACAAAAUUGUUUUGAGUGAAAUAUGAUUGUGUUUAUGCUUUUUGUUGCUGGUGAAUUAAAUAGAAAGUUGGUUUUA